GGCAGUUCUCCCGCAUGUACGAUUGGUUGGACACCUGCCACAGCAGCCAACAGUAGAACACGGAAACACAGCUGAACUUUGACUGAAUUCAAAAUGAUCUUUGCUUAAUCAAAUAAUCUCUAGCUUGAAGACCAUUGUAAUUUUUCGACGUAGAAAAAGGAGACUGGUACCUGAUCUUGGCUUUCUUGCAAGCAUCUAGCAAUGCCACUUUUCACAAACAAAUUUUCUCCUAAAAAAAUACCCGGGCGCAAGACAGAUCCAAACUUGUCAAGGGCUGUUGAUCCUUCAGAUUCCCAAGAAUUUGGAACAGAUAUAGGUCCCAUUAAAUUACGUCUUGGAGAUCAGGAAGCAGUUUUUGACAAUGGUCAAUGGAUACCUGAGACUGGGCCUGUCAGUGGAAAGCAUAAGGAAAACGAAAAACUUCGCCAAGCUAUUAAACGGCUUGAGGAUGAAAACAGCAUGCUUAAGUUGAGAGCUGAAAUUCUUUUGGACAUGCUCACUCAAACAACAGCUGAAUCCCAUCUACAACUGAAAGAAAUCAAUAAGCUCAAGUCCUCUGGUAGUAAGACUUCAAAUUUUAAGCGAUAAAAGAAUAUAGUAAUUUUAAUUCACAAGAAUUCUUAGAUUCUUAAGAUAAUGGGAC